AACGGUGUAUUCAUGGGCGAGGCAGACGAGCACGAGCAAGCCUUAAUGAGGGACCAAGGAAAGACUGAUUGGAGGAACUUUGUGAUUUCUAGAGGAAGGGAACUGAAACCAGGAGGUAUUUUGAUUACGGUUAACGGAUCUGCAGUCAAGGGUUGUACAAGCGCUAUGUACCUUGAUAAGGGACUCCAUCAUCUUGGAAGUUUUGUGUCUGAUAUGGCACGAGAUGGCGUGAUCACACAGGAUGAAUUUAUCGCAACCAACUUGCCACUACACCAUAUACGAACUGAAGGUGAUUUUGAAGAACCUUUCACCAGUGAAAUACCGGAAGUAGCUGAACUUGGACUGGAAUUGGUGUCAAUGAAAUCCAUGAAAAACUAUCUGAAACACCCACUUUAUGAUAAUGUGUGGAAAGAUGAUGCAGAAAAGAUGGAAUAUUCCAAGAGAAUAGUCGCUAUGGUAUAUCCAUGGAUGCAUCACGUGCUUCAUGGGGGAUUGAGUGAAUCCAGGACGGAGGCAGAAAAAGAAGUCAUUAUCGAACAAUAUUUUAAAAGAGUACAGGAAUACGCUUUUGCUUAUUCUGAGCAUAAGCCGUACAUAUCCGUGACAGAAGUUGUCAUCCAAAAACGUCCAAAGUAA